UCCUGCACCGCCUGCCUCCUCGGUGUUGCCGAGACAUAAAUUCUGCCGUGUUAUCGCGCCAUUUCUUUAAUCCCAUGCUGACACCUACGAGUGAUGCACAUGCGGAGGUUGCAUCACCCGUUGCAUUGCAUGCACUGCCUGUCUUUAUCUUACAGCCAGGAGACGGUCUCAAGGAAGCAAACCACAAGAACCAACGCCGGUGCUGAAGUUGAACCGUCUCACCUUCUGAGCUUGGAGACCUUGCAAGCGGUGGAGAGGACGAUGGCGAUGAAGCGCCGCUCCGUGCUGGCUUUGCUCGUCGUGGCGUUCGUCGGAGGGAACCUGCUCCUCGGGGCCUCGUUUAGCGCCAGAAGCACGGUGAAGUCCUCAGCCUCAGACCCGGACUAUGGAACCGCUCAGCUAAACGGCAGGAGACUAAAGGAAAGUGGACACGGUGUUACCAACAGGAAGACUAGAAACUUACAAGAUGUGAAGGCUGAUGACUACCAACCUAUUGACCCAAGUCCAAGCUCGAAGGCAAGUAUUAGGCCAGCUCCAAUCGAGCAUGGCACUCCUCUUCUUCCUUAUGUGCCACGGUACCCGCCGCCUCCUGGUCAACCGAAGGAUGCGCGUUCUGCUCAAUCCGCUGCCUCUCCUGUCGCUUAGCUGAAAACUGAAAUGCUCCAGAGGCGGUACUUGAAAGAUUAGAGAACCACCAUAUGUCCAAAGUUUUCUCUGAUGUUCCGUUGUGUGUCGUAUGUGUGUUUACGCAAAGUACUUGGAUGGUGCAUGUUCUUUGAUGUCUCAGUGUUUGGAACCACUUGGUGAGGGACAGUGUUAGUUGUAUUUGUGGGUGGUCAAUUAGUCAACUGCUCAAAUCUUGAGGGCAUACUUCUAGAGUAGAUAAGGUACCAGCACUAUUCUGGGGCACCUAGGUAAGCUGCAGUACUGUUGUCAUAUGUAAAUGUGAUUGUUAUGUUAUAGCAUAACUAUGUAUUAGUCAGAACUGUUUACUGAA